CAACAACGACCACGUGAUCCAAUUUGUCAUAUGACCUACCAAGAGUUGAUCACGUGACUCAGCCUUGGAUGUUCACAAUGUACUUUUGUCCACAGCAGAGCUGACAGACGUGUUAACGACUAAAGGCUAAACUUGUUCCUGUUGCCAAAGAACCGACAGUGAACAUGCGGCUGUGGAGGGAAACUCUGGGCUUCCUGUUACUGUGGGCCUGUCUGGACUCUGCACACUCACGGAGCUGCUCCUCGUUUUUCUGCCGAAAAUCUCACCGUGUGAGCGGCCUGAAUGGAGUGGACCCCGGGUCUCCUCUCUUUCUCACUCCGUACCUGGAGAAGGGCGCCAUAGAUGAAGCCAGGAAACUGAGUAUGGUAGGAGAUAUGCCAGGUGCCAAUGUCAAGAGCUAUGCCGGAUACCUCACUGUCAACAAGAAAUACAACAGCAACCUCUUCUUUUGGUUCUUCCCUGCACUGAUGGAAAACCGAGAUAAAGCUCCGGUCCUGCUCUGGCUGCAAGGCGGACCCGGUGGCACCUCCAUGUUCGGUCUCUUUGUGGAACAUGGACCAUAUGUGGUCUAUAAGAACUUGACUGUUGGUUUGAGGGAUUACGCUUGGACAUUGAGAUAUUCAGUUUUGUACAUUGACAAUCCGGUUGGAACAGGUUUCAGCUUCACUGAUGAUGACCGAGGUUUUGCUCAGAACCAGGAUGAUGUAGGCAGAGAUCUGUACAGUGCUUUAACGCAGUUCUUCCAGCUCUUUCCUGAGUAUCAGUCCAAUGACUUCUAUGCAACUGGAGAGUCUUAUGCAGGGAAGUAUGUGCCUGCCGUUUCAUACUACAUCCAUAAAAACAACCCCACUGCCAAAGUGAAAAUCAACUUCAUGGGGAUGGCUAUCGGUGAUGGGCUCUGUGAUCCAGAACUGAUGCUCGGUGGUUAUGGUGAGUUCCUGUACCAAACUGGCAUGAUAGAUGAACUCCAAAAACAGUAUGUCGUCCAGCAGACAGACUUGGGGGUUAAACUCAUCCAGCACCAGAAGUGGCUGGAGGCCUUUCAGGUUUUCGAUAGCUUGCUGAAUGGUGACGUGGAACCAUAUCCCUCUUUCUUUCAAAAUGCUACCGGCUGCACCAACUACUUCAACUACAUGACGUGUCAGGAGCCUGAAGACCAGGAGUACUUCUCCCAGUUUGUGACUCUGCCAGCAGUGCGACGUGCUAUCCAUGUGGGGAAUCUGACGUUCCACGACGGCUCAGAGGUGGAGAAGCACCUUCUACAGGAUGUCAUGAAGAGCAUCAAACCGUGGCUCGGGGUACUGAUGGACAACUAUAGGGUCUUAAUCUACAGUGGUCAGCUUGAUGUGAUUGUAGCAGCUCCACUGACUGAGAGGUUCCUGCCUACUGUCAACUGGACCGGGGCGGCUGAGUACAAAACAGCCCCUCGCUUCCACUGGAAGCUUCAGCCCAGUGAUAAGGAGGUGGCAGGUUACGUGAGACAAGUGGGAGAGUUUUACCAGGUCAUCGUCCGAGGAGGAGGACACAUUCUGCCUUACGACCAACCAGCCAGGUCCUUUGACAUGAUUGACAGAUUCCUUUCAACGCAGAGCUGGAAAUGAGAGACAGCUGUUCAAAACGCCUCCAUUUUUUUAAGAACAUCUUUUUAAUUAUUGACUGUUGUAAAUCAGCACAUUGUUGGAUUUACACACAUCUCUAGGUGACAUCGGGUGUGGGACUUUGGACUGCUCUCUGAUGCACUGCAAAAUG